AUGCUGCGGACAAGUGCACGGUUUCUAUCACCAUUUCUUUUCUAUAAUAUCGCUCCAAAAGACGAUUUUUUAAACGUCCAGCAAUACGUUGAUUCGUUUGAUUAUGGAAAUGAAAGGGAAAGUCUGAAACAAGUUUAAUCUCAUCGUUACACUGAAAAGAGAGAGUUUCUUCCGGACUAUUUCGUUUAUCAACGCGGUAUUUUGUUGUGGAUACCCAGCCCGGUUCAACCUUGUGCCGCCAAUGACAAGUUCAGCACCGCGUAACAUCCAUCUCGCUUUUACACGACCACCAUGGAGCUUUGGGAAUCAUUGAAGGGGACGGAUAUCUCGUUUCUUUUCAGCAUCCGAGUCCUUCAGCAUCAGAGUCUGUUGAAGCCGGUUUAACCUGUACUCACGUGCCAAGUGUACCGGAUUAAAAUAGUUUAACAUCUUUGCUGAAAUAUUCUUCCUGGACUAAGAAACCAAAUUUAAAGCCUGAAAUCCAAGAUGACAUCAGAGAUCAGCCAACUGUCAUUAAGUGAGCUUCCCAUGGACGACUGGAUGGCCCAUCUACCCAGUGCACUGUGGGAUACCCCUCUCUGUUACAUGGCCAUUCCAGGGAGCCAUAAUGCCAUAACCUACUGUCUGGAUAAGAAUGACCGGUCUCCAGUGGACCUCACUCAACCGGAUAUGUUGCAAAAGCUGGACAAAUACAUGAAGCCCAUCAUAAGGCCAUUUGUAUACAAGUGGGCAAUAACACAGGAGUCUAGCAUUAGGGAGCAGUUGGAUUCUGGAGUGCGAUACUGUGACCUGAGGAUAGCACAUCGGCCUAAUGACAGCUCAGAUGAUCUCUACUUCUACCAUGGUGUUUAUACCACUAUAACUGUGGAGAUGGUAUUAAAAGAGAUCAGAGAGUGGUUGGAUGUUCAUCCACAGGAAGUAGUCAUACUCUCAUUUAGCCACUUCCUGGGCCUUAGUCAAGAGCUUCACACACUGCUCGUCUCAACUAUAAAGAGUGUUUUUGAUUCCAAACUGUGCCCCAAAAUGGAGUGUGUGACACUACGGAAAUUAUGGAGCCAGGGUCAUCAAGUUAUCGUUUCAUACGAGCACAAUAUUGCCAACUGCCACAGAGAAUUGUGGUUCCAGAUACCUUAUUGGUGGGCAAACAAGUGCAAGGCUGAAGCGCUGAUUGAGGAAUUUGAACAUAGGAAACAAUAUGGCCGACCGGGCGGCUUCUUUGUGACUGGGAUCAAUCUUACUGAAGAUCUGAAGUACAUAUGCUCCCAUCCCACAGAAUCCCUGAAGGAUAUGGUGAUGUCUACAUAUCCCACGUUACUUAGCUGGGUCAAGCAACAGAAGCCUGGCUCUAACACUGGCUCCCUCAACAUCAUAGCCGGGGACUUUGUGACAGAGAGCCGGUUCAUACCAACCGUCAUUGCACUGAAUGAAAAUCUUCUCAAGAGGACCAUAAUACCAGAGCCUUGAGCCUCUAUUAGCUGCACAAUGUCUUUAACAUUUGAAGAAAGAAGUGUUUCUUGUUCUUGUGAUGUUUUUUUAUACUAGUCAACUUUGCACUUUUUGUAAGGGUGCUUACACACUAGAGUUUAUGCUGCGUCAGCUCCAUUCAUUUCAGUAGGGAAUAGGGAUGAUGGUGCACUGCAAGGACGUAGAGGAAAUACACAAGGGUUUGUGAAACCAAUGCGCCAUCAUGCAACAAAAAGUACUUACCAUACCCUCAAAAUGGAUCACUUGCACUUUCCUGUCCGCCAAAUGCUCCGACAGAGCGGUUUCUAGUGUGUAAGCAAGCACCCUGAGGAUGAUAGAUCAUUUUGAGUUAUUGGUAGAAUAUUGUAAUGCACUGACUUUUAUGACUUUAACUUACUGUCUUAAGCUUAUUUAUGCAGUCUCCGCUAUAUACACCUCUGAUUUUGCAAAACUAUUGAUCAUUUUUAAGAACCUGGUUCCAAAUGGAUGUCAUUAUCAAGGUCCAGGUUACAACAACUUUAUCUACAGUACUACUCCAGACACAAGCACAUUACAGGACACAAUAAGUUCCCUGUGAGCAUCAGAGUUUGCAUGAGAAUUGCUAAAGUCUACUCAAUGCAAGCCUGCAUAAACAUAAGAUUAUCAAACACUCAGGAUUGUUCAUUCUCUGUGGAAUGGCUAUGGAAAUAUGAUUCCAAUAAAUACAUGUCUGCAUGGUGCACAAUCAAAAGCAUGAAAAGACACUGGAAUAUUUCUGUGGUUGCACAUGUUCUCUGCCAUAGUAGCAUGCAAUUUAAGCCAGUUUAAUCAAGAUACCAGUUUGCAUCACAAACAAAUAUGCUUAUACUAACACAAAUAUCAACAGUUGAAUUGCAUAUCAAAUACUCAUAUUUAAUAUCUGAAGAUUUCCAAUAAAUAAAACAUCAAACAAUAUUUAAAGAAUUGUGUUUUGAGUUAUUAAAA